GCACUGCGGGGUGCGUCACUCGGAGCGGCGGGUCCCGUGUCGACAGUUGCUGAUGGGGAGAGGAAAAAAUAGCCACUAUUCCGGUUCCUUAUGAGUUAACUGCUGCUGUCCAAAGGCAGGUGUAAUAUUUUCUGUGUAUUAAAGGUCUUCUCUGUUGGUUGAAAUGUCUAUGAUUUUAUCUGCCUCAGUCAUUCGUGUCAGAGAUGGACUGCCACUUUCUGCUUCUACUGAUUAUGAACAAAGCACAGGAAUGCAGGAGUGCAGAAAGUAUUUUAAAAUGCUCUCGAGGAAGCUUGCUCAACUUCCUGAUAGAUGUACACUGAAAACUGGACAUUAUAACAUUAAUUUUAUUAGCUCUCUGGGAGUGAGCUACAUGAUGUUGUGCACUGACAAUUACCCAAAUGUUCUCGCCUUCUCUUUCCUGGAUGAGCUUCAGAAGGAGUUCAUUACUACUUAUAACAUGAUGAAGACAAAUACUGCUGUCAGACCAUACUGUUUCAUUGAAUUUGAUAACUUCAUUCAGAGGACCAAGCAGCGAUAUAAUAAUCCCAGGUCUCUUUCAACAAAGAUAAAUCUUUCUGACAUGCAGACGGAAAUCAAGCUGAGACCUCCUUAUCAAAUUUCCAUGUGUGAACUGGGGUCAGCCAAUGGAGUCACAUCAGCAUUUUCUGUUGACUAUAAAGGUGCCGGUAAGAUUUCUUCUGGAGAAUCAACGAGCAUCUCCUGGUCAAUGAGGAAGUUUAGGCACAGAAAAAUUAGUCAUUCCAGUUCAGUCACAGAGAAGUUAGUCAUUUCUACCUCAUCAAUGAAGUAUGCAGUUCUGAAGGCUCACCAGCGACUGGAACCAGCAACUCUGUCAGGGAUUGUAGGAUUCAUCCUUAGUCUUUUAUGUGGAGCUCUGAAUUUAAUUCGAGGCUUUCAUGCUAUAGAAAGUCUCCUGCAGAGUGAUGGUGAUGAUUUUAAUUACAUCAUUGCAUUUUUCCUUGGAACAGCAGCCUGCCUUUACCAGUGUUAUUUACUUGUCUACUACACCGGCUGGAGGAAUGUCAAAUCUUUUUUGACUUUUGGCUUAAUCUGUCUAUGCAACAUGUAUCUCUAUGAACUGCGCAACCUCUGGCAGCUUUUCUUUCAUGUGACUGUGGGAGCAUUUGUUACACUACAGAUCUGGCUAAGGCAAGCCCAGGGCAAGGCUCCCGAUUAUGAUGUCUGACACCAUCCUUCAGAUCUAUUGCCUUGGCUUCAGGGGGAAAAGGAGGGAACAUAUCAUAACUGCCACUGUGAUGAAGAAGCUGUUCCCCACAGAGGAGAAGCUCUGCUUUCUUUCUCUCCAGCUUUCCUUUUUUAAAAUCAGCAUGGCGUGCCUGUGAGCAUGGAAGACCUUCUAGGAAAAGUCCUCUCAGAAGAAUGUUGGCCAUGAGAUUAUCAUUCAGAGGAGAAGAUUUCUCUCUUCAAGGCCGUAACAGUGGAAGAACAGUCGUAUGCCAUUGGAAGACUUGGCCAGCCGUCCUGAAUCCUUCCUGAAGAGUUCAGAAAAUAGAUGUGGUAUUGCUCUGAGGACCAGGCAGGAGGAACUCUACAAUCUGAGUUUGCCUUUGUGAGGCAUUAGUAUAGACCAAAUAAAAAACUGCAGAAAUUGGAAAGUUUAUGUUUUAAAUAAAUGACUGUGAUAAAUAUCAGAUUUUACAUUGUUGCAAUGUGCAAAUAUUUUCUUUGCUUUGAAAUAUUUUGAUAUUUAUCUGGUAUCAAUAUAGACAUCAGAUUUGCACAUUUAUGAUACUAAGAGUUUAUAAAGUCCAAGAUGGUGUGAAAUUGGUUCUUUUUACUUUUAUAUUUUUGCUUGAAUCUUAACUCUGGAAAUCACCUGAUGUAGAAGAAGGCUGUGAUGAGCUCGUCUCUGGAACAUCACAAGUAUUGAAAAUACAGUAAUGGAUGUUUCCUUUCUAAUCCACAUUUAUUGUUUCUUUUGAAAUCACGUCUAAAAACUAUGACUCAUUAGACUAUAGCCGUUGUUUCCCAAACUUCAGUCUCUUGAGUACUACUUGUAUUAUUUUCUUAAUAUUUAUCUUUUAAAUUUUAAAGUUUUUUUAAAAAACGAAUCCUGCUACAAGUGGAAAACCAGUAUCAGUUUGCCGUAAAUAAAAGGUAACCACAAAAUAAAUAAGACGAACACAAAGAAUGUUUUUCAGUUCUAGCUAGAAACUAAUGCCUAGAAAGGCUCCGAAUCUUAGGCUCUUUCUUUGUGGCAGUGAGGGAGAUGUUACCAGCACCAGCAUGAGGCACUGUCUCUGGAAUAGUCAGAGGAUGAAAGGAAACUGUAAAGGGAAUGACAUUCUCACUGUGAUUCAGCAUUAUUCUGUGUUGUGCACCACUUAAAGACAUCUUGUGUGCCACCGGUAGCGUGGGUCCUGCACUAUGGAAAUGCUUAACUGUACUAAGAAUCAGAAGGUAGCUUUCCUAGCAACCUAUUAUUUUAUGGCUUUGAGGAAUUAAGCCCCUAGUAUCUGAGAUAACUUACUUGCGUUUUGAUAACGUUUUAAAGAUUGUUUAAGCAGUUAUGAAUUAAUAAUAUAGGAAGCACAGUUUGAUUCCAUUAGCAAAAUCUAUAACUCUCAUGGUUUUGGAAGUCAUCUUCAUGAGUGAUUUUCCUUUGUUUUUUAAAGAAAAUAUUUCAAACAAGGAAUUUAAAGGAUGCUGAAAUUGGAUAUCAUCCAGAAAAACAGAUCCCAUUACAUUGUAAUUGUUGUUACUGGGCAUAUUUAUUAAGUAGAAGAAAUAGUCCAGAGGGUAAAGUUAGUGAACUGUCUUGUUUGCGUGAACCAGUAUUUGUGAAUAUGUCUAGAACUGUAAAAUCUUGCUUAACUAGAACCUUAGUCUGCACCCUCCUUUUAGGAGAAUGAGGUAAAAGAAGACAGUAAGCUUAUGAUAUCAGGGAUUCAUGUAAAACAGGAAACUAUAGUUUGCUCCAGUUUUCUGCUCUAGCAAAACUAUGCAUAUUCUGAGAGAUACCCCAAGGCAUCACAAUAUCCUGAAUCAUCAGAACACCAUUGAAUUGUGUUGGGCAUUUUGUAGCCAGGAAAGUGAAGUGGUUCAAUUUAGAAAGGUUUUCAAGCCAGGCACGGUGGCUCACGCCUGUAAUCCCAGCACGUUGGGAGGCUUAGGCAGGCAGAUCACUUGAGUCUGGGAGUUUGAGAACCAGCCCGGCCAACAUGGUGAAACCUCAUCUCUACUAAAAAUACAAAAAUUAACUGGGCACAGUGGCGCGUCCCUUUAGUCCCAGCUACUUGGGAGGCUGAGGCAGGAGAAUCGCUUGAACCCAGGAGGUAGAAGUUGCAGUGAGCCAAGAUCAUACCACUGCACUCCAGCCUGGCCAACAGAGCGAGACUUUGUCUCAAAAAAAAAAAAAAAGGUUUUCUAAACUGAGGUUAAAACAGAGUUUUCUUGUAAAUAGGGAAGUUGGAGAUUCUGGUUGAGAUUUGGCUCUGUAUUGACACAGCUCACACUGGUUUGGUUCAGGAGCUACCUCCUUGUCAUUGAAUUGACCAGUUACAAUGUUUGGUAUUCAGAUACAUUCAGCAAGCACACUUGAAAACUACUCACCAACUAUUUUUAAAGGCUUACUUUGUUUUUGUUUUUAUUUUUUCACUGGCUAUUUUGAAUAAGAGGAUGUUUACAUCUUAAUGUAAAAAAAUGAAAACAGGUAUAAAUGUUUUAUGUAUA